AUGGCUCGUGUAGCUUUAGCGGCAGUCGUUGUUCUGAUCGCAUCAGUCCACGGUUCUUAUGGGCAGAACGUGACUGACGAGCUUGCUCGCGGUACCAACUUCCUUAUUCCUGCGUCCUGCGCAGAUCCUCCGUUGAAGCAACUUUUCACUGGAGUGCACGAGAUUCAACCAUCGCCCGGAUUUGGCUCAAAGAUCGAAGUGUUGUGCGAUCAGAAGUACGACAAGGGAGGUUGGAUCGUGAUCCAGAACCGUUUGGACGGAUCGGUUUACUUUGAGCGAGAAUGGGCCGAGUACAAGAGUGGAUUUGGCAACUUGAAGGGAGAGUUCUGGCUGGGACUGGAUAAGAUCCACGAGAUUACCUACUCGAAGAAGUACGAGCUGGUUAUCCUGCUGACGGAUUGGAGUGACACCGUUAAAUAUGCCAAGUACGGAGAGUUCAGGAUGGCUGGUGAAGCGGAGUUAUAUGCUAUCAAGAAGCUGGGCACCUUCAGCGGCGAUACUACGGAUGCGAUGAUGAUGAUCCAGGGAACAAAGUUCAGUACUGUUGACAAAAAUAACGAAGCAAUGAUGGGCACGUGCGUUACAACGCGCAGAGGUGGAUGGUGGUACAUCGACAUGACCUGCGGUGACAGCAAUUUGAACGGUCUCUACCAAAACGGUGGUACUGGCGGAGUUGAUAUGGAAGUGAACUUCUGGACUCCGAUCCAGGGUACAAACUACGGACUCAAGGCGACUAGAAUGAUGAUUCGUCCCAAGAAAUAA